AUGGCGCCGAAAGCUAAGAAGGAAGCUCCUGCCCCUCCCAAAGCUGAAGCAAAAGCAAAAGCUUUGAAGGCCAAGAAGGCAGUGCUGAAGGGUGUCCACAGUCAUAAAAAGAAGAAGAUCCGCACAUCACCUACCUUCCGGCGACCCAAGACGUUGCGGCUCCGGAGGCAGCCCAAAUAUCCUCGGAAGUGCGCCCCCAGGAGAAACAAGCUUGACCACUAUGCCAUCAUUAAGUUCCCCCUGACCACUGAGUCAGCCAUGAAGAAGAUUGAAGACAACAACACACUUGUGUUCAUUGUGGAUGUCAAGGCCAACAAACACCAGAUCAAACCAGCUGUAAAGAAGCUCUAUGACAUUGAUGUGGCCAAGGUUAACACCCUGAUUAGGCUUGAUGGAGAGAAGAAGGCGUACGUUCAACUGGCUCCUGAUUAUGAUGCUUUGGAUGUUGCCAACAAAAUUGGGAUCAUCUAAACAGAGUCCAGCUAUCUAAUUCUAAAUAUACCCCUUUUUUUUUUUCAACCAAAAAAAAAAAAAAA